AUGGAGGCACUGCUAUGCGUUGCACCGCUGAAGGUAAAGGUAGAGGAAACUGCCCUCCGAACCAUCAGUUUGUUAAACAACUGGGGAACAUGGAUUGGUAAUGACAAAGAACACGCAAGUAUCGAAAAAACAGCGGAAAUGGAAACAGGUAGUAGACUAACGUACAUCCUAAAUGCUCCAUCAGAUAGAAUCACUCCGAUCUACAGAUUUGGCAGGAAAUUCAAGACGAUCAUCAUGAAAAGAACAGACUGGACUAGGGAAGGCACUAACAAAUUGGAGGGCUGUGAAACAUGGUACACGGAUGGUAGCAAAGAUGAAGAGGGGUACACCGGAUGUGCAUGGACAGCCAACAAACCAAAUACAGGAUUCUACGAGCACAUGAGCAAAGACAACACGGUAUUUCAAGCAGAGGUGUUAGGCAUAACGAGAUGCACUGAAAUGUUAGAGAACAAAACUCGAAAGAAAAGAAUAGCGAUUUUCACUGACAGUCAAGCUACGAUAAAAGCCUUAUCGAGUAACGUCUUUAUGUCUAGACUGGUCCUCGAGUGUAGAGAUAAACUAAACCUGCUAGCUGUCGCGAACAUAGAAACCGUGGUAGGAUGGUGUCCAGGUCACAAAGGCAUUAAGGGCAAUGAAAAAGCCGACAGGUUGGCAAGGGUAGGAGGUCAGACUAAGAAAAUAGCAAUAGGACCUGAACCUUGGAUCCCAAUACCCUAUGCAGUGAACAAGCAAGAAUUGAGAAGAUACUCGUCUGAAAAGUUAAAAAGAAGAUGGGAGGAAACAUCUGAGUGCAGACAGGGGAAAAUAAUGAUUGGAGAACCGAAUAUAAAAAAGGCCAAGACCAUCACUACAAUGACGAAGAAAGAGGCAAGGAUAGCAGCAUACACGUACACGGGACAUGCACCGGUAGGUUACCAUCUUCACAAAAUGGGCCUUUUGGACAAUGGCAAAUGUACUGUCUGCCCUGACGAGGACGAGACGACAUACCAUAUUCUAGCAAAAUGUGUCAGAUACACCAAAACCAGGAGGGAGAUCUUCAAAUGUAGCAGAAUAGAAAUAGAUGAGGUUAAGUCACUUCGAUCCAUAGACAUUGUCAAUUUCAUGAUAAAAACGGAACCAUGGAACAAGGAGGCAGGUGUCAUACAAUUAUAG